AUGCCAUGUUCUCGCGCAUCGUCGCACGUGUAAGUGUGGGCUGUCGCCUUGUGAGUCAGCAAAAAGAAAAGGGAGUUGACGAUAAUCUGUUGUCGAGGUUGUUACGAGCGAGUAGCGUCGGAAACGGUGCGAUCCAGGACGCGCGUUACUGUGGGAAAACGUGUCAGGUUGCCGUCAGCGAGCCGUGCGGAGCGAUGUCGGGCGACGAGAAGCCGUUUCGCCGUCUGCCGUUGUGCGUGCGUCCCUAUCAUUACGAUAUCUCGUUGACGCCGCAUAUCACCACCUUCACCUUCAACGGCACGGAGAAAGUGCAUCUCAAUGUGGAAACUCCUACGGAUACCAUUGUAUUGAAUUGUUUGGAAAUCAAUAUAAAGCGCGCGAGUUUUUAUGGAAAUGAUGGCAAGACCAUUGUGCCCGAGAAAAUUGUAUUAUCAGGAUUGGAGGAGACAGCCACAUUGGUGUUUCCUGAAGCUCUGCCAUCUGGGAAAAGUGGAUACCUGAACAUAGAAUUCAUGGGAGAGAUCAAUGACAAGAUGAAAGGUUUUUAUAGAAGCAAAUAUAGUGGGGAGGACGGUACCGUUGAAUAUGCGGCGGUUACUCAGUUUGAGCCGACAGAUGCUAGACGUUGCUUCCCAUGUUGGGACGAGCCAGCGCUGAAAGCAACAUUUGACAUUACGCUAAAAGUACCAAUCGGUCUUACAGCACUUUCCAAUAUGGUAAGCAACGUUACAAAUGGGAACUGCGAGACAUUGACUUUUGAAAGAACGCCUGUUAUGUCAACGUACUUAGUGGCUGUAGUAGUAGGCGAUUUCGAUUACAUAGAGGACAUGUCUAGUGAUGGUGUGUUAGUUCGAGUUUAUGUGCCCAAAUCUAAGAAAGAACAGGGCCAGUUUGCUCUAGAAGUGGCCACCAAGGUGCUGCCUUACUACAAGACUUACUUUGGUAUCGCGUAUCCCUUGCCGAAGAUCGAUCUCAUAGCGAUUGCCGAUUUUUCGUCUGGCGCUAUGGAAAAUUGGGGACUCGUUACGUAUCGCGAGACCUGUUUACUUGUGGAUCCGCAGAAUACGUCGGCGGUACGCAAACAGUGGAUCGCGUUGAUAGUAGCACACGAGUUGGCACAUCAAUGGUUCGGUAAUCUCGUGACAAUGGAAUGGUGGACGCAUCUAUGGUUAAAUGAAGGCUACGCAUCGUUCGUAGAGUUUCUGUGUGUUGCACAUUUGUUCCCAGAGUAUGAUAUCUGGACGCAGUUUGUAACGGACACAUACAUACGAGCAUUGGAAUUAGAUGCUUUGAAAAACAGUCAUCCAAUCGAGGUACCAGUCGGUCACCCGUCGGAGAUCGACGAAAUCUUUGAUGACAUAUCGUAUCACAAGGGCGCCUCUGUGAUUCGUAUGUUGCAUGCAUAUAUAGGUGAUGACGAUUUUAGAAAGGGUAUGAAUCUAUAUCUGAAGAGACACAGCUACGCCAAUGCGGAAACCGAAGAUCUCUGGGCCGCGUUGGAAGAGGCCAGUAAUAAGGCUGUACGUAAGGUGAUGUCGUCAUGGACCAAGAGACAGGGUUUCCCCGUUGUCAAAGUUGACUAUCGUCAAGAAGGCAACAAUAGGAUCUUAUCAUUGUCUCAAGAGAGAUUCCUGGCCGAUGGAUCGGUGGAUAACAAUGCGGAUAAUGCAUGGCUCAUACCAAUAAGCGUAAGCUCUUCACAAGAUCCGAACAAAACAAUAUUUGACGGCAUAUUAGAUGCAAAAACCAAGGAAUUUGUAAUCCAAAACGUUCCCGAGGGCACAUGGCUAAAGAUCAAUCCUGGAACAAUUGGCUUCUAUCGGACUCGUUACAGUCAGUCCGCUCUGUCACUUCUAUUACCAGCAAUUAAAGAUCAUACAUUACCUCCUCUGGACAGAUUAGGCUUAUUGGAUGAUCUUUUUGCAAUGGUACAGGCGGGUUACGCAUCCACGGUAGAAGUACUCGAAUUAAUGCAGGCGUUUCUGCACGAGGACAACUACACCGUGUGGUCCACUAUAGUGAAUAUCUUAAGUAAAAUCGGUAUUCUCAUUUCUCACUUAGACUUCGAGGAUUCUCUCAAAGCGUUUGGACGUAAUCUAUUUCGUGAAGUUAAUGUCAGAUUAGGCUGGGAUCCUAAACCAAAUGAAAGUCAUUUAAAUACGUUACUCAGAUCUCUUGUAUUAGGCCGCAUGGCAGCAUUAAAUGAUCAAGAUACUAUCGAAGAAGCGAAGAGAAGAUUCGAGCUGCACGUAAAUGGCACAACGACACUCGCUGCUGAUUUGCGCAGUCCAGUUUAUCGAGCUGUACUUUCCGUGGGUGAUGCCAAUACUUAUGUUACUAUGUUGAAAUUGUACAAAGAGGCUGAUCUUCAAGAAGAAAAAGAGCGAAUUCUGCGAGCGCUUGGUGCAAUCAAAGAUGAAACUCUGCUAGGAAAAGUUCUGGACUUCGCCAUGAGCGAGGAGGUCCGUGCUCAAGACACAGUCUUUGCCAUCAUGUCCGUGAGUUUGUCAUACAAAGGACGUCUCAUGGCAUGGAAUUUCUUCAAGGAGAAAUGGAAGACUCUAUUGGAUCGUUACGAAGGCGGCUUCUUGCUGGCACGGCUGGUAAAAUUCACAACAGAGAAUUUUGUCACCGAAGAACAAGCCAAAGAUGUAGAGAGCUUCUUCGAGAGUCAUCCGACUCCAGGCACCGAAAGAACGGUGCAACAGUGCGUGGAGUCCAUUAGAUUGAAUGCUGCAUGGCUCAACCGAGAAAAAGACUCCAUCAGAAAAUAUCUAACCACUCAAGUCUAGUAAAGAUAAUUCCUUAUCUUUUCUCUCCGUUAUAUCUUAAUAGGACAUUGGCAUAAUUCGAUCUCGCAUAAUUUUACUAUGCGAAUAUCUUAUGGUACUGCUUGACAUUGUGAAAGAACGUUACUUAGAUACAGACUUGUUUCUUGUGUACGAAAUAAUAAUAAAUAACACUAGUUUACAAGA